ACAUUUGAUCUUUUGUCUUAGUUCAUCAUGAUGAUGAUGCAUGCAGUCGUGGGUCUCUGGGUCCUCUCAGCGGUGAUCAGCGCCAACAGCGUCUCCCUGGUGAGACAAGCAAACCGGGAGUUUUCCUUCCGCCUCUACAGGAAGCUAGCAGCUGAUGCUAACUCACAGGGACAGAAUAUCUUCUUCUCCCCUGUUAGCGUGUCGACCGCCUUGGCUGCGUUGUCCGUGGGCGCGCAGGGGGAGACGCACCGCCAGCUUUUCAGUGGUCUGGGCUUCAACAGCUCCUUCCUGACCCAGACCGAUGUGGACCAGGCCUUCCAGACGCUCCUCCAGGGGCCCAACAACGCAUCCCAGGGGGACGCCAACGAAGGGACCGCCUUGUUCCUGGACGACAGUUUCAAGCCCAAGCCGGAGUUCCUGCAGACCCUGAAGCAGUCUUACUUCACAGAGGGGUUCAAUGUGGACUUCAGCCAAACCACAGAAAGUGCUGAUACCAUAAAUAAGUACGUGGAGGAGAAGACCAACGGGAAGAUUGACAAGCUGGUGGAAAACCUGGAUUCAAGCACAGUCAUGUAUCUCAUCAGCUACAUCUACUACAAAGGUGAGAAGGUCCUGUGGGAGGAGAUCUAGUCAGUCUGUAAUUAG